AUGAGCAGGAAAAGUAAUGUUAUAUCUAGUAUUGAUGGAUUUUUAGGAUACGAUUCCCACGUUGCUAAAGGUUCUAUUACUACAGAUAGAUCAACUUUAAAAAUAUACAAUAAAAAAGAGAAAAAAAAUAUAUUAGAUUUUCUUAUAAAGUUUUUUAUAUUUACCUUUUUAAUUUGGAUAUUACAAGUUUCUAGUUCUUGUGAUUCUUGUAGAUCAUGGAAUUAUGAAAAUGACUUAAAAAAAACAUUAAAUUUAGGAGCUAAAAGGUCAUUAGCAGAAGGUGAAAAUAUAAAAAAACCAAUAGGCGAAGAAUUAAAAUUAUGUGAACAUGAUGUAAUAGAUGAUCCAGAAUCAAAAAAUAAAAAAGAAGAGAAAGAAGAAAAAGAAAAAGAGGAAGAAGAAGAAGAAAAAGAAGAAGAAGAAGAAGAAGAAAAAGAAGAAGAAAAAGAAGAAGAAGAAAAAGAAGAGAAAAAUAAAAAUGUAGAAUGUAAUAAUAUUACUUUAGAGAGUUGUGCAUGUAUUUUAAAUACUUUAAGUUUAUCUGUAUCAUCUUGUCAACUAUUUUAUUCAUUAAUAUUAUAUUCAAAAGAUGUUGCUCAAUUUGGUUUAUUAAUAUCUGGAUAUACUACUCUUAUACUUAAUUUAUCUAUUUUGAUUUACUCAAUUUUAUCAAUUCUCGGAAAAUUCCAUAUAAAACAUAAGGAAUUAUAA